GCCGGCCCCUGAGGGGCGGAGGCAGGGGCUGGGCCCUCGGGGAGGGUCGGGGCGAAUGGGAGCCCCUCCCCUCAGUGGGGAGGGGGCGGGGGCCCAUGUGACCGGCUCAGACCGGUUCUGGAAACAAAAGGGGCCGGGGCGGGAGGAGCCGGAGCGGGACGGUGGGCCGGGCAGGGGUGCAGGCGGCGGCGGCGGCGGCGGAACCCGGAGCAGGCAGCGAGCGAUCAGAGCAGCGGCAGCGCCGGGGCCGGGCCGAGAUGCAGCUCCGAAACUUCCUUGUGCUCACCCUCAUGGCCCUCCUGGCCCUCCCCUCCGAGGCUGCCAAGAACAAGAAAGACAAGGGGAAGAAGGGCAGCUCGGAGUGCGAGGAGUGGAACUGGGGGCCCUGCGCCCCCAGCAGCAAAGACUGUGGCAUUGGCUUCCGGGAGGGCAGCUGUGGGGGCGAGACCCGCCGCCUCAAGUGCAAGGUGCCCUGCAACUGGAAGAAGGAGUUUGGAGCUGACUGCAAGUACAAGUUUGAGAGCUGGGGCGCGUGCGACAGCGGCACGGGCACCAAGAGCCGCCAGGGCACCCUGAAGAAGGCCCUCUACAACGCCCAGUGCCAGGAGGCCAUCCGAGUGACCAAGCCCUGCACCCUCAAGGCCAAAGCCAAGAUCAGAGCCAAGAAAGGGAAAGGGAAGGAUUAGACUCCCGAGCGCCGCCUGACCAGGGGCUCUGCCUCUGGGGGACUCCCACACGCCCCCUCCUUUUCCUCUCUUCCCCUUCCCAGCCCCCGCCCCCGGAACUUAUUCCUCACCAGGUGCCUUGUUUCUAAUUAUUAGCUUUAUCAAUCACAAAGCCCUCCUCCCCUUUCCCCGCCAUUACUUCUAGCCCUGCCCCUGAGCCCGGGGGAUGGGGGGAGGGAGGGACCAGGCCCUGCCCUAGCUGCCGCUCACCCCGGGAGCGAGCCCCGGGUCCUUAUUCAAGCCGCCACCUUUAUUAAAAAUAAAGUCUUUUUUUCCCAAUAAAA